AUGCCACUCAGAUGCCCUCAUAAAAAUAAUUCUCAAAAAUCCAAUUAUUACUCUAAUAAAAAAGCCAAUAAACUUGUUGAAUACAAUAAAUAUAAUAAGCCUUUUUUUAAUGAUACAAUUCAUGUUUCUCUUCCCGUUAAAGUAGAUGAAACUGGCAUUAGAUUUUCUGUAUUUAUGGAAAUGACUCCCAUUCCUGCUCUUGAUGGUAAUGAUAUAAGACCAACUAAGGUUUUAUCUAGUUGUUUAGUUGCUUUAAAUAAAUUUAAAAAAUAUGAAACAUUCAUUAAUGCAAUACAUAAGUAUUCAGCGGAAACAGAAAAAGAGACACAAUGGCACUUUACUCAAUCCAUACCACCAUCUGGGAACAUUAUGUGGUUCUUUGAAACUGCAUUAGGCUUUAAUAAAGAUGCUGAAAUAGGAAAUGUUACAUUUGAGUGUGUUCUUGAAUAUAAAGAAUUAACUUCUGGCACAAACCUCCUACCAGAUAAUGAAAUAGAUAAUGAAUAUGAGUAUUUUGAAAAUGGAGAGGUUAUAUUCAAAGAUUAUGAAAGAGACCUAACACCUGAUAUUGAGCUUUUAAAUAAUGGAAAGGUGGUGGGUGAACAAAGUAAUACAGUUAUUUUAGACAUCUGA